AUGGCGAAACGAGUUCGUAAACAUGGAGUAGACCCGAAUCGAAGUUGUAACGAAGGAGUUAUGGUCAAAAGAGUCUCAGUGGCAGAACCUUGGACGAGCCAACUUCAGACAGCGGUUUCUCCCAACACGGGCCGCUGUUUCAGGCGAUACCGGUCCCAAACGAACCACCUCACUUCCCUCUAUCAGUUCUGCCCCACCUCAGCCUCCAUCCGCUACUGCAGUAGCCGGAAACAGCCACGAAACAGGCCGGUUCCAACAGUUUUUCUGUCAAUUUUUGGGAGCUCGUUCUCCCUUAAUUCUUCUCCGAAUUUGACGAGUAAGGCAUCAGAGGCCAAACUGAACCACAGGAGGGACCUUCAAGAGGUCCAGCUAGCUCGGACCAGCAGCAGUCGAGUGUGCAGGAAUCCACCACCAGGCCUUCUCCUAGCUCCCACGCUAUUUCCAAGCUGUAGGAUUUCUUGUAACCUACUUAAAUUCUUGUAAACAAUUAGUAACUGCUCUGAUAUCUGGUUGGAUUAGAUAACCAGAACUGGUGAAUAUUUAGUUACCCUAUUCUGGCAGUUGGUGUGGAUUUAUCAGUUUGUUUGACAGGUGG